AUCACGUCCACCGCUCUAGUUUAAAAACAAAUUAUUCUAUAACUUCCAUAGAAGACAAUGGGAAAAAGCUCAACAUCUAGCACACCAAAGUGUCGUAUCUGCGAGGAAAGACAUUUCCUAAAACAUUGUCCCAAAUUUCAACGUAUGCCUGUCUCGGAACGACGGAAGGUCAUAAGAGAAAAAGGCUUUUGUUUCAAUUGCCUAUGCACUGCACAUACACGAAGCUGGUGCCCAUCCAGGCAAAAGUGCAUGGUAUGCCAACAAAAUCACCACACUAUGGUUCAUACCGACGACAAAUCCUCUGGAACCAAACAACAAAAUCGGAAUGCCCAUUUUAAGACGAAAGGAAACGGAAGAAGCGAUUCAGCUCUUCGGGAAACACCUGUAGCCUCUAGCCGUCAGAAACACUUAAAUGAGCGUUUGAGCCGACGUCCAACAAUGCACGUUUUCCUUCCUACUGCUCUUGCUCGGAUCGUGACAUCUACUGGUCCAAAAAAAGCGCGAUUGCUGCUUAGCUCUGGAGAAGCUCAGACCGUGGUUUUGAAAGAAUUGGUCGAACGCCUUAAUGUUCGCACUACUAAGCGAGAUGGCAAAGAGUAUUGCUGCUUAAAUCUGGAAUCGUAUCAUGACCCUUUAAUAAAAAUUCAGAUUCAUGGUUUAGUAAAAUCUCAAUUUCACACCGUGCUACCAAAAGCCACUAAUGAGCCAAAACUUAAAGCGUUGUAUGACCAUCUAACCGACCUGGCAGACCCACAUUUUUUUCACCCAUCGAAUAUUGAAAUCAUUGUGGCGAAUGAUCAACUAUCCAAAGUUUUACGAGCUGGCCUAAUCCAAUCGUCUUCCAAUAUGCCACUAGUACAGAGUACCAUCUUUGGCUGGGUCAUCUCAGGUGCUUGUCACUACUGAUUUUGCAGUGUUGCAAGGCGGCCGGCAUGUUGAAGCAACUUCAACAACAUUUUUGCAGUCAUUUUUAUAUAAGUCAUAAACAUCUUUAGAAUAAGGCAAAUGAAUUAUAUUGAAUUUAACCAUUUGAAUUUUCUUUAACGUUAAUUAAUAUAAGAUUGGCAACGCUUUCAUCCUAAUAUGUAUCGCAACGAAUUGAUUACUAACUAGUACGUACUAAACCCCCUUUUUGUCUCUUUCUAACAUUAUCUAUACGGCUGAAAUACUUUACUAAA